GAGAUCACUAGCUACAUUGAUAUUGCUGUGCCAUCUAAUACACUGUUGGCACCCACGAUGUGCAAGAACUACGUUUCUAUCAAGAUCUACGCUUGCGGCACUCGCGGUGGGAAGGAAACCUUCAAGUUUGACCCUUGCGAUAAGCAGGACAAACCAGGACACGAAGUUAUCGAGAUUGAAAUGGGCUCAAGUAAGGUUAAGGCCGCAUGUGGCAAGUAUACCUGCGCCGUCUGUGGCACUGGGAAUUGAAAAUAUCAUCCGAACAUGAACUACUGCUCCUGUAUUAAUCCCAUGGAUGAUUCUUCUUGAAUCCAUAAUCCGAGAUAGAUUCAAUCAAAGAGUGUCUAGCAAAUAGAUGCCAAGAUUGCGGC